CUCGCCUCAUUGUUGCGCUGCGAACCGCCGCCGAAGAUGCCGGAGGAGAAGAAGACGGCUCCCAAGAAGGGCGCUAAGAAGGCCAUGAACAAAACGCCGGUGAAGGGCGGCAAGAAGCGGAGGAAGCUGAGGAAGGAGAGUUACUCCAUCUACAUCUACAAGGUGAUGAAGCAGGUCCACCCCGACACCGGCAUCUCCUCCAAGGCCAUGAGCAUCAUGAACUCGUUCGUCAACGACAUCUUCGAGCGGAUCGCGGGCGAGGCUUCCCGCCUGGCCCACUACAACAAGCGGUCGACCAUCAGCUCCCGGGAGAUCCAGACCGCCGUGCGCCUGCUGCUGCCCGGGGAGCUGGCCAAGCACGCCGUGUCGGAGGGCACCAAGGCGGUGACCAAGUACACCAGCUCCAAGUGAAGGCCCGCCGCCGCAAAACAAAGGCUCUGCAAACCGCCGGAAGCCUGUGUUAGAGGAUAUGGACUGGGUUGUUUGAGAACUAUGUCUUUAGUUGAGAAUUUCUUCUGUAUUUUUAUGAUUCAAUGUUCUGGGAAUUAUUGCCUCCUGUUCACGGACUGAACGGUUGUGAUUGCCGUUCGAACGAAGGAGCCGGUGCCGUGAUUGUGUUGUCUGAAGGCUCCCGGCAGUCCCGUGUAGGCUAGUCUGCAGCUGCAGGCUGGCGUCGCUCUGUCAAUGUUUAUUGUGACUGUUGUUCAUUAAACUAGACCCUUUUCUCUA